AUGAGAAUAGUGGAUAAAGCAGACGACGACGGAAUACAACUUUACAUUCCUGCUAUUGAUGAAAGUGGAAGAGGGUUUUCCCUAGGUAAAAGAAACACUGAACAUUCAACAUCCAGCGCAACAGUUGUCAUUACACCUAUUCAAAAGGAGUGGCUUACGAAAUACUCAUCGAGGGCUAUAUGUAUCGAUGAUACUUUCAACUUAACAUGCUAUUCGUUACGACUUGCAACAGUAGUCGUUUGUGAUGAGUGGGACAAGGGGUUGCCUGCAGCGUUCCUUCUGACGAAUAGAAUGACAGAGGAAGAAACAGAAUUGUUAUUCAUGGAAAUUAAGAAGCUGGUCCCCUCAUUCGACCCGACUUAUUUCAUGAGCGAUGAUGCGAACUCCUUUUUUAAUGGAUUUCGCCGUGUCUUCCCUCGAUCGACAACAAGAAAGUUGUUGUGCGUGUAUCAUGUCGUUAAAGCCAUUGAAAGGCAAUGCAAAUCCAAGUUACAUGAUAAAACUUUGCUCGAUUCCAUUGUAAAUGCAAUACGCGAGCUUUGCCGGACCACUAAUCAAAAUGUUUUUGCUGCAAAAUAUUCUGAACUUCUCGCCAAACUCAGGGAAAGUGGAGAAAAAGAAAUGCUUGAUUAUCUUGAAAGAACGUGGAGCCCACGCGCACAUGAAUGGGGAGCAUUCGCUCGUCGUUAUUCAUCGAUGAACACAUCUAUGCUAAUAGAACGUUUUCAUCGGAGGCUAAAACACGAAGUCUUGGGCACGAAAGGCAAUGUACGGGUUGACACCUUAUUGGAUGCAUUAGUAAUGAUGGUUCCAGAUAUGGAAGAAGAACGAAAAAUAAGGAUGUCCAGAGGCGUUUGGGAAGGACGAUAUCGUCUAAAAGAGCAACAUCGAAACCAUGCCCUCGCGAUUAAGUUGUACGACAAAAAGAGAGAAAGGGUUUUAUGCAUUGGCAAUGGUCGUUGGACUGUCACUGACGAGCGAGGAACUCAUUAUAUAGAACAGCGCACCUGCAUUUGCGAUUCCCAGCUCAAUAACCACUGUAACAAGGACAAUUGCGGUGCGUGCCCCUAUGGAUAUACUUGCGACUGCCAGGGCGAUGCCAAAUCAGGGAUUUCAUGUAUUCACAUUCAUGCCGCGUCGUUAUUCGCGCCAGAA